AGAAUUUCUAAACCUUUCGUACCAAAGGGCAAAGUACCAACGUUAUCUCAGCGUGACCGCACUGAGAUUUGCCAUUGUUGAGAUCGAUAACCUACGUAUCUGGUGAUUGUCUGGAAGACAGAAACUCAACUUAUGAAAAAAAAAGGAGACAACCAACUAUCUACAGAAAUAACAUAAACAUUACUAGAACUAUUUCCAGUAAUAAUGGAGUACACAGAGACUAUCAAGGUCCGCACAACGCUGCCACUUAUCCCACCCAUCAGCUCCAGAGACGAGAUACUCACUCCUCGCCUCCUGCUCCGCGCACCUCGCCUCUCCGACGUCCCUGCUCUGCACCUACUCCGCACCGAGCAUGAAGUCAUGAAGCACUCGGUACAAGGCGUCGACAAGACCCUGGAAGACACCAUCCGGAGCCUGGACGACUCGCUGCCUCCCAACGACACCAAAAACUACCACUUCCUCAUCUUCGAGCGGGACACGGGCGAGCUGGUCGGCAAAGGCGGCAUGCACAGCCUCCUAAGCCGGCGCUUCGGGUGGCCAGAAGUCGGCUACUCCUUCAAGCAGGCAGCAUGGGGGAAAGGAUACGCAACCGAGUUCAUGACGGGGUUCCUUGAGAGCUGGUGGAGCUUGCCUCGCAAAGAAAUUGAGAUUGAGGUUGAUCCGAAGAGCGUAGACGCCGAGGCCGGCAGCACUCCGACAAUCGUCGAGCUUCUCACGGCUAUAACAGAUGCCAAGAAUGUGGGAAGCGUCAAGGUGCUGGAGAAGACCAAAUUCAAUAAAUUCAUGGAAUGGAAAGGGGUAGAUAAUCGCGAGGCUUCCUUUGGCCAGGAUGUUAUAGUGCUUGGGUUCUCAAUGGCGGCUCCAUUGAAGGAGAGCAGCUGAAUUCUUCCUGAAUGAUUUUUACUUUCAUUGUGGAAAAGGAUAGAAGUCAGUUGAGUUGAGGGGGGAAAGAAGUUCCUAUAAAAAGGUUUUUACACUAUCUCGGAUUGAAUUCAGGAUCUUGUGAGCGUGAUGAGUGACUACGUUUGGACGCGAAGAGGAUAAUCACAUUGCUUCCAAAGAUUUUAGUAUAAACAUAAUGACUCUUACGAUGAC